AUGGCGUCUAUUGUAAGCGAUAAUGUUCAAAUGAGACAUGGAUUGUCUCCAGCUUUGAGAAGAAACACAAGAUCGUUAUCUGUUAGUAGAUCAAGAAAAACUGGUUGGUUUUUAUUCAAAGUGGAUAGAAAUUUGGAGCAUUUUCAAAUUCAGGUUCAAGUUUCCAAACUGCAACUGGCCGUACGUUCACUGAAGAAGUUCAUCAACCAAAAAAUCAUCUUAAAACUCUCGCAACAUUUAUCAUUUCCGCACUGUUGAGUUAUGUCGAUUUUACUGUUAGUUUAUUCCAUAUCAGCUAUUUCACUUAUCGCAAACCAACUCUCUCAAAGGAUAUUAUUCGAACAGCUUUUCAUUUGAUGAAAAUAUCUUAUGACAAUAGUUUGCUCAAUAUUCGCGAAAUCAUUGAAAUCACCAAAAUAAAUAUAAUCGGACCAAUGGCUAGACAAAAUCAGAAUUAUUUCAACGAUCAGAAUUUGAAAACUAGCCAAAUGAAAACGAUGAAAACUACAACAAAUACCCAUUAA